AUGGUCGGCUCAAAAUUCGUUCUUUUGGCUUUCAUAGCUCUGUGUCUUCUCCUUUCCGGUGCUGAAACAAGAGAAAUUGGGUGGGCUCGCCACACCGAACAGGAUCCAUUGUGUUGCAUCAACCAGCAACAAUUUGGAACAUGUGAGACAAAAGAAGAUGAUCUAAGAUGUGAAAAGAUGUGUAUUGAUAAUUGUAGACUGAACAAAGGUGGCGGUUGUCAACCUGUUCCUUCUGGUGCUGUUUGUCAAUGUUACUGUUAAGUGUUGUUAACUAAAAAUAGAAUUAUCAUCAUCAUCUUAAUUAAUAAAGUAUUAAGAAGA